UACCGCUUCACCUUAAGUUAUUUUAAUAAACCAUGACCGAGAACCCCAGUAUCCGCGAAGGCGGCACCCGGCCGUAUGUAGUAUCUUAUGUGGAUAGACCGAAGUUUCAUGUGGGAGAUCUCGUGUAUGUUGUUGGCACGGAUGGACUCGAGGGACCAUUUACUGUUGCGUCAGUUCCAGCCACCGAUGCUUGCACUCUGUGUGAUGAAGAUGGUAAUCCUGCAAAAGAAGGCAGUAAGAUAAAGAUGGCUGAUUUGGCGGCUGCAUGACUGGUUAGGUCUUUGGGCGGACCCAAGGAGCUGUGUACAUGACCUACGAUAGUUAUUCUCAGAGUGCUCGUGUAAAGAGUACAGUCGCAGCACCCAACAAGGCUGAGGCUACCCCGCAAUAGUUGCCUAAUAUCUGUCGUCAGCUGCGGUGCACACCUUUCCUCCGCCAAAUUUGGAUUAGGAUAAGUUAUUCCUCUGUAUGCCUCAUCAGUGUCGCUUGCUUAAGUAUCUUGCCUUUUCCUACAAGAGAAUCCAGAUACCUCCUCGCUAUGUGCGAUACAAAACCCCCAAUCUCACGCUACGCGAUCCUAAUCGGAAUCAAUGCCUACCAGGAAAGGCCCCUCGAAGGCAGUGUCCAGGAUGUGCAAAGAAUAGAAAGAUACCUUAAGGAAGCCUCGACUUCAGUUCAGAUUGAGAUGUUGACGGCGACCAGGAGCGACGACUAUGGAGGAGCUCGAAGUUUGCUGGAGCCGCAGCAUAUCUGGCCCACUCACCGAAAUGUGGUUUCUGCUCUAACACGGGUGCUUUCGUCGGCAAAGACUGGGGACCUGGUUUAUAUACAUUACUCUGGCCACGGGACCCGAAUAGGGUCACAAUAUUUACACUCCA